CCACUACCAGCCUCUACUAGCCUCCACAAACCUCCCAGCCAUUGAUGGCGGGCAGACGUGGAGGUAGUGUGAGUUCGGCAGAAGCCUCACUCCUUGCGGCUGGAACAGGGGGCGUCGAAGAGCUUUGCGAGCACUUGGCGGACGACACGGUCGCCUGGGCACUUCUACGUUGGGAAGUGGGCUCGGGUACCUUUGUGCGGUCGAAGCUGGUGGCUAUCCACUUCAAUGGAGAAGAGGUUCCCGCCGUGCGCCGUGGUCGCCUCAACGCCCGUAGCGGAGAGGUCUUGGCUAUGCUGGGCAAGGCACAUGCUACCCUGGAGGUGAAACGCAAAGAGGACCUUCACCUGGAUUUUAUGUGUGAGCGGCUGAUGAAGGUUCUCACUGCAGAUGUCAUGGAGAAGUCCAUGUCUGCCGAGGCUUUGCGGAAAGACUACGAAGCCCUUAUUGCCGAGCGCAAGCUGAGGAAGGCAACAAGCCAAAAGAGCGUAGGCCCAAGAACAGCAAAGGAGAACCAGAAGCAGAUCUCCGUAGACCGUGCACUUGCUGCAGUUGGUGAUGCGACCGGGCCAUAUAACUGGGUUCUUUUGGAACCGGAGAAGUUUGAGCUCCACAAUGCGGGCUAUGGCGGCCUCUUGGAGAUGAAGGUCUGGCUGGCCGAAGACUUGGUCCUUUUUGGCGUGAUCCGUUUCACCUUUGGCCGCGAGACUGCCAGUUCUGUGGAGGGCAUGACGGCUUCGCCAAAGGUUGUGAAGUAUAUUUUCGUGCACUGGGUCGGGCCAAACGUGUCUGCUGUCAGGCGUGGAAAAUGGAAUGCAAAGCAGCAGCAAGCGGAUGCGCAGGUCCGCGCAAUCUGCAGCAUCACUUUCCGCCGUGAGGCACAUAGUUUGGAUGACUUGGACCUUGCAGACUUGAUCUCCGAGCUUUGGCGCUUGGCUGUGGUGGAUGGUGCAAUCACUGAUGCGGGUAAAAGCCAGAUCUCGGUGGAGGAGUACAUGGCUUCUCUAGCCUUGGAACAGCAGAAGCAGCUGGAAGCAGAGCUGGAGGAGUUUGGCAGUGACAGCGCCUCGCGGAUGUGUACCGACUUACAUACCUGCGUUGACUCCGUACGAGAAGCGGGUGGAGAGAUGAAUUGGGUGCUGCUGGGUAUGCAGAAACGAGAAGCUCCAGCGCAGGCAGCCGGUGCCAAAGAAGCAGCGGCCAAUGCCAAGAAAGCAGAAGAGGAGCGGCUUGCCAAAGAAGCGGCAGCCAAUGCAAAGAAAGCAGAAGAGGAGCGGCUUGCCACAGAGGCGGCGGCCGAAGCCAAGAAAGUGGAAGACGAGCGAUGUGCCAGAGAAGCGGCAGCCAAUACAAAGAAAGUGGAAGAGGAGCGGCUUGCCAAGGAGGCAGCGGCCGAAGCCAAGAAGGUGGAAGAGGAGGGACGUGCCAAAGAAGCAGCAGCCAAUACAAAGAAAGCGGAAGAGGAGCGGCUUGCCAAGGAGGUUGUACAGGGCGAGCCAGCUUCAAGCAGACCUCGAGCAGAUUCCCCUUUCUUGACCGAGGAAGCGAGACCAUCUGAGUCCGUCAUCUCAACAAGGUCUUCGCGUCCAGGUCAAGCAUCCACAGAGCCUCGAAUGUCUGGGCCACUAAAGCUGAAGUCUGGUUGGGGCUGGUGGUGGGCUAAACGACAUGUCAAGCUGACAGGAGGUAAGCUUCAAUGGUGGAGGAAGGCGGCAGAAGGCUUACCGGAUGUGGAGUAUCGCCUCUCCGACGGCCUGACACGCUGGGUGUUGGCGCGCCACGAGGGCACGGACUUGGAGAUGCGAUGUGAGAGCCGUGACAACCAUCAUGGUUCAAAGGCCGUUGGCGAGAGAGUGAUUCUCCGGGCUCCCAGUGAGGCAGAAGCCCAAAAAUGGAAGGACGCAUUGAUGGAGCAGAUGGAGUACGUGGAAAUGUUGUUGGCGUGGCCAAUGCACUUGGAUGGCCGACAAGGUGACAUAAGGAACUAUGGUAUCGAGUAUCCCUGAGGUGGCAUUUGACGACAGCUCUACUGUUGUGAACAGUGCCACAACUUAAAUCUGUACAUAGUGACGCUUGCACCCCAGCAAAUAGCUUCCAGAUACUUUGUGCAGGUGUAGGC